AUGACGAUCCCGGGGCCGCCCCAAUCGAACGGCGGGGCGAGCGGGUUCGCGGUGAUCUGUAUCCUCCACUCCCUGAUCGCUAUCUUCAGCGGCGGGCUGAUGAUGUUCCACGCCAACGGGAUCUACUCCCUCUCCCACGGCAUCGACACGGCGGCGAAGCUAGUCGGGUCGACCCCGCGGGACCAGCUGCUGAUCCAGACGUCGGACUCCUUCGCGGGGCUGCUGCUCCUCGCGAUCGGGCUGCUCCUCCUGAUGGUGUCCGGCAUACAGGACAGGGAGUUCCAGGCCUUCUUCGCGAAGGGGUGCACGGUGCUGCACGUCUUCGUCGCGACGUGGCGGAUAUCGGUGGAGCGCCGGGUCGAGGACCUCGCCUGGGACUGCGUGAGGCUCACGGUCGGGGACAUCCUGCUGGCCCUGUCCUGGGUGAUGUUCGUGGUCUGCACCUGGAGGGAGAAGUACGACUGA